AUGGCCCUAAGCCAGAUGCAGGUCGGUUCCGAUAGCUCCCGGUUCGAGUCCCAGCUCACCGACCUCCUCAAGGAUCCGGCGCCCGAGGUCUCGGCGGCUGCGUGCAAAGUGCUGGGCCAGAUGGCUGCCAGUGGCUCCCCGAGCUCAUCCACGGCGUCGGCCGUGGCGGAGCUCCUCUCCGACCCGAGCCCGGCGGUGAAGGCCAGCGCCGUGGAGAGUUUGGCGUGCAUGGGCGACGAGGCCGAGGCAUUCUUGGAGCCGCUUUGCCGGCUCUUCAACGACAAGUCUUGGAAGGUGAGGGUGGCCGCGGUCAGGGCGGUGGCCGGCUGCGGCGAGCUUGGGCAGAUGUAUGCCUCGGAAGUCUGCAGGCUCACGACCAACACCGAUGCCCGGACGAGGGUCGCGGCAGUGAAGGCUUUGGAGAAGAUGGGCGAGCGAGGUGCCUGUUUUGACGAGGAGGUCGAGAUGCUGAUGAGCGACAACGACCCCGAGGUGGCACUUGCAGCCAAGAAGGCCAUCCAGACCUUCUUCGACUUGAAGGCAGCGGCCCUUGAAAACCAGACGAAGAUGGCCGCCAUCGCUGAGGCGGCGCUCCUCUUCCCGGGGCAAGGAUCCUUGGUGGCCCCAAGGGGAUCCCAGUAUGUGAAGAUGAUGUCCGACGUGAAGGACCUGCCCACGGUCAAGGACAUGCUGACGACGGCUCAGAAGAUCCUUGGCUACGACCUCCUGAAGCUCUGCCUAGAAGGUCCCGAGGAUCAGCUCGAGCAAACGAAGUUCUGCCAACCAGCCAUGUACGUGGGAGGGCUGGCGGGCAUGGAGCUGCUACGAAAAGAGAACCCAGGGGCGGCCGAGAACCCCAUUGCCGUGGCAGGGCUCUCCCUUGGCGAGUACACCGCGUUGGUGAAGUUGAGAGGGGAAGCCAUGCAAGAGGCGGCAGAGGCCUCGCCGCAGAAGAUGAUCUCCCUGGCCGGGCUCUCGAAGGAGAAGGUCGAGAAGCUGUGCAAUGAGUCCAAGUCCGGCCCGGAGGACGUGUGCCAGAUUGCCAACAUCCUCUUUCCCAAUGGCUUCUCCUGCGCCGGCAGCAAAGCUGCCAUCGCAAAGCUCUUGGAGAAGGCCAACGCCACGGAAGGAUGCUUGCAGGCCAAGGAGCUCAAGACCUCCGGUGCUUUCCACACCAAGUGCAUGAUGCCAGCGCGCGAGAAGCUCCUGGCAGCCCUGAAGGAGGUGGAGCCAAAGAUGAAGCCUCCCACGUGCGAUCUCUACGCCAACCUGACGGGAGCCAAGAUUCCUGCGGGCACUCCCGUCCCAAAGAUCGUGGAGAUGCUGGCGGACCAGCUGACGAACUGUGUGGAGUGGAUGCCUUGCAUGCAGGCGAUGAUCCAGGAUGGCAUCUCAGACUUCUAUGAGUCUUGGUAG